CAUUUAAAUAUUUUGGGAAGAUUGAUGAGCGCCUUGCAUGUUUCAUUUCCUUUGUCCGCUCGCCGACAGUUUGUUUUUGCGGGUAACUAUUGCGCCCUUACUAGCGCUUUACUUAGGAAAUUGCUUAAGCGGUAUGAGGGCUCGUAAGACACUCAUUAGGCUGUAACCCGGUGCAGUGUAAGCACCUCUUUGGUUGAGCCACAGCAUGGAGCCUGAAUUGACGCACUAUCAGGUCUUGGGUAUUCAUCCAAGCGCUACGCUUGAACAGAUCAAGCAAGCAUACCAUGCAGCUGUUCUAAAGUACCACCCCGACAAGGCCGUCAGUGGUACAGUAUUACCCACGACCGUCCCAGAUGUUCGGCAGUCAGGCGCCAACACGGAUGCUUUCCAGCUAGUCAAGCAAGCUUGGGAGGUCCUCCGGGACGCAGGCCAAAGAGCUGCGUAUGACGGUCUGCUGAGCUUAAAGGAGAUGCAGAGUGCAAUUGCAUACCAAGACGAGCUAGACCUCCUGGAUAUGGAUGUAGAGGACAGGCAUGAGGGAGUAAGGUUAUUCACGCAUCCUUGCCGCUGUGGCGAUGUGUACGCGCUGUCUGAGACAGAGUUGGCAGGCCGCGACAGCCUGGUUGUCCCGUGCAGGACCUGCUCAAAUCACGUACUCGUGCGGGCAUCCGGCACAUGAACCAACUAAGCUCUCGUAGCAGUGCGGAGGUUGUGCCAAGUGCCAAGGCAAGGUCGCAGCAAGUGCUCCCAGACUAGCCUUGAGUACACCUGCAAGGAUAGGCGCGCUGGCCUCCACCUUCUUAACAUCAAUGGAUGGCGCAGGUGUCGAUGGCGCAGAAGCGGCAGGCUUGGAUUCGCCAGGCGCCUCAGUGGAAGACUGCUCCGCCCGGCAGCGGAGGCUGCGACGUGCAAAGCCACACGCCGCUAGUGGGCGCCUGGUCACAUAUGGCGUCGACAGGAUAGCAUGGCGUUGGAGAAGCAUUGUGUUUCGGGCUUGUAAGUCAACAAGGCCGUAUGUGGUUCAGAGCAAACUAGAUAACCAGACAGCUAGUCUCUUGAUGCCAAUCCCAAUCGUUUCAAUUGAAUUCAUAUAUGAUUAAUGGAAAGGUCAAGUUAUGCAGAAUGGUGUUGUGGAUCCUGUCGCUUGGACAUACCGUUUGCUUUCGUACAACCAACCCUUCUACCUUACUUUACGUCACAAAGCGUUCUUGACAUUAUGGUAGAUUUGUGGCAACUUUUGCAUGCUUACACUGCCAAACUGUUCUCACUUCAUUUGUGGAAUGGCUGUGAAAUG